AUGGCGGGUGGAGGAUUCGUCGAGUCGGGCGUAGGACGAGCCCAUCUAUACGAGUACAAGAUUACUCGUUAUUUCAUAUUUUCUUGUAUUGUAGCAGCCAUGGGAGGUUCUUUGUUUGGCUAUGAUCUUGGUGUUUCUGGAGGGGUGACUUCUAUGGAUGAUUUCCUCAUCGAAUUCUUCCCCAAAGUGUACAGAAGAAAACAAGCACAUCUUGAGACGACAGAUUACUGUAAAUAUGACAAUCAGAUCCUUACUCUGUUCACAUCUUCGUUAUACUUGGCGGCGUUGGUUUUCACGUUCGGGGCUUCCUAUAUAACAAGAUCAUACGGUCGGAGGGCUAGUAUCCUCUGCGGAUCAGUCAGUUUCUUCAUUGGAGCAGUCUUCAAUGCAGCUGCACAGAACAUAGCAAUGUUGAUCAUUGGCCGAGUUCUUCUUGGAAUCGGCAUUGGAUUUGGAAACCAAGCAGUUCCUCUGUAUCUUUCAGAAAUGGCACCAGCCAAAAUCCGGGGAGCUAUAAACCAACUCUUUCAGUUUACGACCUGUUUGGGAAUUCUUAUAGCUAACUUAUUGAAUUAUGGAGUUGAAAAAAUCCAUCCAUGGGGAUGGAGACUCUCUCUUGGUUUAGCCACGGUUCCAGCUGCUAUCAUGUUUAUUGGUGGACUUUUCCUUCCAGAAACCCCCAACAGUCUUGUUGAACAAGGUAGAUUAGACGAAGCAAGAAGGGUGUUGGAGAAAGUUAGAGGUACCAGAAAAAUUGAUGCAGAAUUUGCUGACCUUAUUGAAGCAAGCGAUUCAGCCAAAGCAAUAAAGAAUCCAUUUAGAAAUCUUCUGCAAAGAAAAAACCGUCCCCAAUUGGUAAUAGGAGCACUCGGGAUCCCAGCAUUCCAACAGCUUACUGGCAUGAACUCCAUUCUUUUCUAUGCCCCUGUCAUAUUUCAGAGUUUAGGCUUUGGCUCGACAGCGUCGUUAUAUUCAUCAGUCUUUACCGGUGGGGCUCUUGUUGUGGCCACUCUAAUAUCAAUGGCUUUGGUCGACAAGUUUGGUAGACGAGCAUUCUUUAUUGAUGCUAGCAUUGAAAUGAUCUGCUGCUCAGUUGCAAUUGCCAUCACUCUGGCUCUGAAAUUUGGAGAAGGUAAAGUGCUCCCGAAAGGUAUUGGUGUCUUCCUUAUCGUCGCCAUCUGUAUAUUCGUUCUGGCUUAUGGAAGGUCAUGGGGCCCAUUGGGAUGCUCUCUGUCACCUCAAAUACGGGAUCUUCCUAUUGUUCGCCGGCUUGAUCUGCAUCAUGGGCAGCUUUAUCUUCUUUCUCUUGCCCGAGACAAAGCAGGUUCCUAUCGAAGAGAUACAUUUUCUAUGGCAAAAACACUGGUUCUGGAAGAGAUACUGUGGACCUGA